AUGGUGAGGUAGAAUCAAAUAUUGUGUAAAUUGUUGAACCAGCAGGGUCUCAUAGCCCUAUAAAAAUAAAAUUACGAAUAGUGCAUUGAAUAUUUACGAAAGGCUGAAGUGGCUACAAUUUACGUUCCAGAAUUAAAGGUUCAAACUUUUAAUAAUUUGGCUUGCUAUUAUAGAAAGAUGGGCAAAACCAGAACAGCUCUUCAAUAUUUGCAAUAGGCAUUGGCAAUUGAAUUACAAUAAAAACAAUCCACUUCAUUGCCUGACAUCUACUUAAAUCUCUGUGCAGUUCUGUCUUAAUUAGAAAGACAUGACGAAGCCAUUCAACACAUCUAUUUGUCAAUCAUCAUGUUGCAACAUGAAUUACUCAUUUCUACUUUUCAAAAACCAGAGUUAAAAUAGGAUUAACCAAAUGAACAAUCCUUCCCAUCCAGAUAAUCUAGCGUUUAAUAUGUGAAUACUGUCAAAUCUCAUUAUAAUGAAAGUAAGAAGGUGUAAGAAAGGAUGUCCAUCUUAGUUGUCGCAUAUCAUAAUCUAGGAGUUGAAAUGGAACACUUAAAAUUAUAGUUUGAAUCCAAGAAAAUAUUUCAAUCUGCCUUAUAAUUAUCGGAGUAAUGUCUCCCUUAAGAGCAUCAAUUAAGACAUGCUCUCGAGGAUAUCACCAAAAAGUAUAAUUCAGAAUAACAACAACAAUAAGGAAAUGAGUAACUUACCCUCAAACCUCUUCUUCCUAAAGUUCACCAAAAAAAUUCAGAACUUAAAUAAAUAUAUAAGAGUGUCUCUCCAAAACAAAUCCUUAGACGAAGUACCUAGUUGCAAUAAUAAAAAAUCAAUACUAAUAAUAAGAAUUUCAAGUUUAUAAAAAAGAAUUCGUUUAGUGAAACCUAUAGACUUGAAAGGGACAGAAUCAUGAGUAUCAAUGCAACUACUGAAGUUAUUAUCAAAAACUAAGAAAAUAAAGACAUAAGCAAUCUUCCAUAUUUAAGAACAGCCAUAGAUACCGUUAAUUAAACAACUAUAUUUUGAAAUAUAAUACUCAACUUUAUAUGAAAUAGAAUACA